UCAAUUUACGUAUUGCUGUUGCUUCCCUAUGUCUUGACAGAAUUCUCCCUUCGCUUUUUGUGGGAUGCGGUUAUUUUGAAGUGCUUUGGUUGACGGCUCGUAGUCCCUAGCGUUAUCAAUUGUAGCUGAUUUAGAGUUUUUGUUGCGUGGCCAUAAUAUUGUUGGGUGUCAACUGGAAAGCCGGCGUUCUGUGUUUUCGUUUCAAGAUUGCCAGUAACAGCAAAUGAAAUAUGUUGGCCAUUAGAAAAUUUCUAAUUUAUUUUGGAAUCGGAGUUUUCAUAACACUUCUGCAGCUACCUAAAACCCGAACAACUAGUGAUGCGGAGUCUUGUUAUUCAUUCGCUGGCGGUUCAGUGUAUCCAGCAGGGAGUUCCAAAGGAGAUCAUCAAUUGCAAUACACAAAAGCAGUCAUUUCCAAACCAGCCCCUCAUUUCGAAGGCACAGCUGUAGUCAACGGCGAGUUCACUCAUUUACAAUUGUCUGAUUAUAUCGGAAAAUAUGUUGUUUUCUUCUUCUAUCCAUUGGACUUUACUUUUGUUUGCCCAACGGAAAUUCUGGCAUUCUCGGACAGAAUCGAGGAAUUCAAAAAAAUAAACACUGAAGUCAUUGCUUGCAGUGUUGACUCACACUUUACUCAUCUGGCAUGGAUUAAUACGCCAAGGAAAGAAGGCGGUUUAGGGAAGAUCAAGAUCCCACUGUUGAGUGAUCUUAGCCACAAAAUUGCAAAGGAUUAUGGUGUCUACUUGGAAGACUUAGGACAUACUUUAAGAGGACUGUUCAUUAUUGAUCAACAUGGAGUUUUGCGACAAAUUACAAUGAACGACUUGCCUGUAGGACGCUCGGUUGAUGAGACUUUGCGUCUGGUCCAAGCAUUCCAAUAUACUGACACACACGGUGAAGUGUGUCCAGCUGGAUGGAAGCCUGGUAGCGAUACCAUUGUUCCAAAUCCCGAAGAGAAGAAGAAGUAUUUCCAAAAAAAUAACUAAUUUCGUUAAUUUUUGUUUAACGUUUGAAAACUUUUCAAUUAAUUUGAAUAACAAAUUCACUUUGAUACUCGAAAGUAA